GAAAUAAAUAAAUGUUUGGAGUUCUGAUGGUCUGUGACACUUUUUACUGUCCCCAGCUGGUUCUCUUUCCCUUUUCACCAUAGACCUAACCCCAAGAACUCCAAGUUCUCCAAAAUUUCUGUCACUUUCUUGCUCAUUAAUAUAAACAAAAAUAAGGGUUUGAUUGAUUUAGUAGCUAACCCUAAAUUCCUAAUCACAAUCUACAAAAGAAGUUACAUUAUUUUAGAAAGAAAGAUAAAACACCUCAAUAAUAUAAGAAGAGAUAAGGGUUUUGUUUGAUUUAGUAAAUAAUCCUAAUCACAAUGUACUAAAGAAGUUCGUAUUAAUAUAGAUUCCAAACAAGGCGUAACAAAUAAAAAAAUUAGGGGAAUUUAUACACUCUGCAUCUGCUCCCCCCUAGUUUGAGGGAUAACAAAAAAAAAAUUGGAUUUCUUCCUUUUAAGAUUUCCAGAAAACAAAGCUUAAGGGCAACCUCACAUCGGCUGUCUGCACUGUCCUUCCGAGAAAAGAAAUCUUCCUCUUUUAUUCAACUUUAAUUUCUUCUUCACUCUCUCUCUCUCUCUAAAACCCUAGCAAGAAAAAGCUCAGAAAUUUAGAUCCAAUUAAGUCUUCUUUUGAUGGAUUCAUUCACACACGAGAUGGUCGAAAGCUCAAACGCCGCUGCAUCCAUGAUGGCAUCUCAGUCCGCCGGAAACAGCUCGGCAAGCCCUCCGCCGACUUCAUCCUCCGCUUCAUCGAGCAGCCGGUAUGAGAAUCAAAAGAGAAGAGAUUGGAAUACUUUCGGACAGUACCUAAGAAACCACCGCCCUCCACUCUGUCUAUCCAGAUGCAGUGGUGCCCACGUGCUUGAAUUCCUCAGAUACCUCGACCAGUUCGGAAAAACUAAGGUACACACGCCGAUGUGUCCGUUCUACGGUCAUCCAAACCCUCCUGCCCCUUGUCCCUGUCCACUCCGCCAGGCAUGGGGUAGUCUAGACGCCUUAAUCGGACGCCUACGCGCCGCCUAUGAAGAAAACGGUGGUAAACCUGAAACUAACCCUUUUGGAGCAAGAGCUGUGCGUUUGUAUCUACGGGAAGUUCGCGAUCUUCAGUCUAAAGCGCGUGGAAUCAGCUAUGAGAAGAAGAAACGCAAACGCCCACCUCCACCGCCGACUCAACAGGGGCCAGCAACUGGAGUACUUCCGGCGCCACCUGGUUCCGGCUGAUGGUAUUGUGGUAUAUCUGCACUUCUCUCUCUAGCUUUUUUUUUUUAAUUUUAAAUCAUCAUGAUUCCUUCUUGCUACAAUAUCUUAUGUGCAUGUAGUGUUCUUCUUUUUAACGUAAUGUUAUUGUUAAAGCUAUAAACUUGAGCCAGUCUUUUUGA